CCUGGUCAAGGAGGAAGCAGUUCAUAGUCCUUUCCUCUUUUUUGAGGGGGAGGGGAAGGAGGAGGUAGUGUUGGGCUCUGGGUUUCCUGUCCACUUGUGGGGUGCCUUCAGGAGGGCUGUUUUGCAUGAUGGGGCUGCUGGGAGCAGGUAGAGCAGUCCCUCUGUAGGUGAACCUCCUCGAUGAAGUGAGCCCUCUGUCCCAUCAAGCCUAAAGUGGGGUUCAUACAGGAAGCAGCCAAGGUGAUGGUCUCACCAGUCCCCACCCAGCUUUCAUUGGAGCCUGGGCGUCAGAGGGAGGGCAGCUUAUCUUGUGUGGCUGCCCCGGAGGGCAGCGGCGCUGGCUGCUUUCAUUUCUUCUGGUGAAGACUGGGAGCAGGGCCAGGACGUGGUGUUCAGGAUCCUACAUCCAUUUUGCCUUGGAUAACCGGCAUUACCUGAGGCCUUUAAGGCUUUUGGAAAUUUUCCACUUGCGUUUCGUAUUCGCAGGAGAAUUUCCAGCCCAGACUUUCCCUGCUCACAGAUAUGCAAAGCAGAGACCUCCCACCCCAGCCACAGCAGGGAGGACCCAGCUAGCUGCUCCAGCCCUGACUCAGCUCCAGGCAGCACAGGCGGCACGUCGCCUGUGUGGCAUCCUCAGAAUCAUUGAUGGAGACGCCAGGCUCAGCCGAGAUGCCUCGCCAGUUCCCCAAGUUGAACAUGUCCGAUUUGGACGAGCAAGUCCGGCUGUUGGCGGAGAAGGUGUUUGCUAAGGUGCUCCGAGAAGAGGACAGCAAAGAUGUUAUGUCCCUGUUCACUGUCCCUGAGGACUGUCCCAUCGGGCAGAAGGAAGCCAAGGAGAGGGAGCUCCAGAAGGAGCUGGCAGAGCAGAAGUCUGUGGAGACGGCAAAAAGAAAGAAGAGUUUCAAGAUGAUCCGGUCGCAGUCUCUGUCCCUGCAGAUGCCAACACAACAAGACUGGAAGGGCCCUCCAACUGUCAGUCCCGCCGUGUCUCCUGUAACCCCUCUGGUCCCCGGAGCCACUUCCAAGCCUGGGCCAGCACCCUAUGCCAUGCCCGAGUAUCAGCGGGUCACUAUCAGUGGAGAUUACUGUGCGGGGAUCACUGUAGAAGACUAUGAACAGGCUGCCAAGAGUCUGGCCAAGGCCCUGAUGAUCAGGGAGAAGUAUGCACGGCUUGCCUACCACCGUUUCCCACGGACCACAGCCCAGUACCUGGCUCAUCAGGGAGAAAGUGUACCUUUGGAAGAGGGUCUUCCAGAAUUCCACCCUCCCCCACUGCCCCAAGAAGACCCUUAUUGCCUGGAUGAUGCGCCCCCCAACCUGGGCUAUCUGGUCCGCAUGCAGGGAGGCAUUCUUUUUGUGUAUGACAACCAGACGAUGCUGGAACGCCAGGAGCCCCACAGCCUGCCCUAUCCUGACCUGGAAACCUACAUCGUGGACAUGAGCCAUAUUCUGGCGCUCAUCACCGAUGGCCCCACGAAAACCUAUUGUCACCGGCGACUGAACUUUCUGGAAUCCAAGUUCAGCCUUCAUGAGAUGUUAAACGAGAUGUCAGAGUUCAAGGAAUUGAAGAGUAACCCCCACAGAGACUUCUAUAAUGUGAGAAAGGUGGACACGCAUAUUCACGCAGCGGCCUGCAUGAAUCAGAAGCACUUGUUGCGCUUUAUCAAGCACACGUACCAGACAGAGCCUGACAGAACUGUGGCCGAGAAGCUAGGUCGGAAGAUCACUCUCCGGCAGGUGUUCGACAGCCUGCACAUGGACCCCUACGACCUCACCGUGGACUCGCUGGACGUCCAUGCGGGCCGGCAGACAUUCCAUCGCUUUGACAAGUUCAACUCCAAGUACAACCCCGUGGGAGCCAGUGAGCUUCGGGACCUGUAUCUGAAGACUGAAAACUUCCUGGGAGGAGAGUACUUUGCUCGGAUGGUCAAGGAGGUGGCCCGGGAGCUGGAGGACAGCAAAUACCAGUACUCAGAACCACGGCUCUCCAUCUAUGGCCGAAGUCCCCAGGAGUGGUCCAGCCUGGCUCGCUGGUUCAUCCAGCACAAGGUCUACUCACCCAACAUGCGCUGGAUCAUCCAGGUGCCCCGGAUCUAUGACAUAUUUAGGUCAAAGAAACUGCUGCCCAACUUUGGGAGGAUGCUGGAGAACAUUUUCCUGCCCCUUUUCAAGGCUACCAUCAACCCCCAAGAUCACCGGGAGCUUCACCUCUUCCUCAAAUACGUGACAGGGUUUGACAGCGUGGAUGAUGAGUCCAAGCACAGUGACCACAUGUUCUCAGACAAGAGUCCCAGUCCAGACCUCUGGACCAGUGAGCAGAACCCACCCUACAGUUACUACCUGUACUACAUGUAUGCCAACAUCAUGGUGCUGAACAACCUUCGCAGAGAACGAGGCCUGAGCACGUUCCUGUUCCGGCCUCACUGUGGGGAGGCAGGCUCCAUCACCCACCUAGUGUCUGCCUUCCUGACUGCUGAUAACAUUUCCCACGGGCUGCUCCUCAAGAAGAGUCCUGUAUUGCAAUAUCUCUACUACCUUGCUCAGAUCCCUAUUGCCAUGUCUCCUCUCAGCAACAACAGCCUGUUUCUGGAAUAUUCCAAGAACCCGCUUCGGGAAUUCCUGCACAAAGGACUGCAUGUCUCUCUCUCCACCGAUGACCCCAUGCAGUUCCAUUACACCAAGGAAGCACUCAUGGAGGAGUAUGCCAUCGCAGCCCAAGUGUGGAAGCUGAGCACAUGUGAUCUGUGUGAGAUUGCCAGGAACAGCGUGCUGCAGAGCGGCCUCUCGCAUCAGGAGAAGCAGAAGUUUUUGGGUCAGAAUUAUUACAAAGAAGGACCGGAGGGCAAUGACAUCCGCAAGACAAAUGUCGCGCAGAUCCGGAUGGCGUUCCGCUACGAGACCCUGUGCAAUGAGCUCAGCUUCCUGUCCGAUGCCAUGAAGUCUGAGGAGAUCACAGCCCUGACCAAAUAGGCCCAGCGUUCCACACACACUUUCACCUUUCGGUUCAAUUUCAAGUCUGCUGGGGUGAAUGGUGGCCAAGAUCUCAAACGAGGGCUUCUGUCUGUGACAAGGCUGCCUCUGAAGAAAUCUCAAAUUCCUGAUUUGGGUUGCACUUUAUCAACAUGCCCAUUCUGUUAGCGUUUCUGAGCCAGAUGCUGGCCACCUCUGGCGGGGGAGCUGGGAGCUGGCACUUGUGUCUACCUGUUCCUGAUUUUCCACGUUUCUCUUGGGAUUGCCAGUGCUUACAUGGUUGAGGCUGGGACUUUGCAAGGCUGAAUACCAAGUGACACACGGCCUGUGCGGUGUCUGCCACACUCCUCUCAGCAGGCGCUGUGGAGUAGUUCCCAUUUCAGCAUCUCAUGGCUGGCCGCCUUAAACCCCCUUCAAAGCCCCCUUUCAUAAAGGGGCUACUUUGAGAGAAAACACGAGGCUCCCGUUGAUGAUUUGUUUUUUUGGUGUUUCGAGACAGGGUUUCUCUGUGUAGUUUUGGUGCCUUUCCUGGAACUCACUUGGUAGC